AAGAAAAGUUAGGGCUUUACGUCACCAAAUUAUCUGCCCUCUCACUUUGUAACAUAUCUGAUAAAUCUCUGGGAUUCCUACAAUAAACCUUUAAAGUAGAAGUAAAUUAUCAUCUAAUUCUUUUGAUACAUACAAAGAAGAACCUUCACGUUAAUUCGCUCUCCAACUACUCAAUCUUACUGCAAAUAACACAAGUUUAUAACGAUAUUUGAGUAAUUGGGGAUAAGAAGCAGAAGAAGAGGAUGCAAUUCGAGUGUUAUACUUUUUUUCUUUCUUUAUACAUAUCUGAAGGAAAAGAGGAGACAGUAAGUAAAUGUAUUAGACAAAAAAUCCUUCAAAAGUGAAGAUGGGGUCAUCUAGGGAUAAGUUGAUGAAGGUACAUGAAGAGAUUCUGAAGGCCGAAGAGAAUGCAGUCCGGAAAAGGAAUAGGUGUGCACUGCAGAAGGAAAUUGAGUUGAAGUCAGGGAAGGUAAUGAAGGAAGAGUGUCUGAAGGAUACGGAAUUACUGAGACCUGUCUACAAGAAGAGGAGCAAGAUUAUUGAGACCAUACCUAAUUUCUGGUUAACUGCUUUUUCGAGUCAUUACACACUUGGCAUUCUCUUGAGCGAGGAAGAUCAAAAGAUAUUCAAGUUUCUAGAGUCUGUCGAUGUUAAAGAUACUGAUGAUGGCACACCUGCGUAUACGAUAGCUUUAAAAUUUGGGGAGAAUCCUUACUUUAAAAAUACAACUCUGACAAAGAAAAUAGCAUACUCUAGCAGACAAAUGGAUAUACGCGGCUGCAAUAUCAAUUGGAAGGUUAGUCCAACUGGGAAUCAACAAGAGAGUCUUGUUAAAAAGGGGAAGAAACGAGGAUGUACUGGUGGUGAGAUAAGCUUCUUUACCUGGUUCUCUGACCAUGAGGAUGAUUCAAGAGGGAUUCCUGAUGAGGUGGCAGAGCUAAUUAUAGAAGACCUCUGGCCAAAUGCAAUCAAAUAUUUUCUUAAUGGAAACUUAACUAAUGAAGAGGAGUAUGCCAUCGCUGAAGACUGCCGUUCGUAUUUAUGCAAUGAGGAUCGGUGAAUAAUAUACCUAAUAUUUCAGCAACAAUGCUAGCUCGGGACAAAUAGCAUAGAACCAUGAUUCUAAGUUCUAACCUUCGAUGUUAAGUUUCUUUUAUUUUGAACAAAGAAAUCAUUUACAUCAUAAGCUAAGCGAGGAACUUACAAGCUAGGUAGAUUCAACC